AGCCCUUUAUAAAAUAAAAUAAAUGGCAAUUUUCUUUUGAUUGCAGACCGUUUUUUUUUUGUGUUUGUUUUCUGUUCGGGCGGUGUUUGAAAAAUGUUUUCAUUUCUUUCUUCAACUUGGAGUUGGGUUGCAGUAGGCCCACAAGAAGAAGAGUCUUCUUGUUCGUCAAAUUCCAUAUCAUCAGACUCCUUGUCAGACGACAGCAGCACAGCGUCAACAACGACAGACAGCGACGGAGACGAAGCUUACUCGUCGUCCCUAGAAUCGCUCUCAUCAUUGGACAACCAAGACCUCGUAGAUCACAUCGUUGAUCAAGGACAAGAAUAUCAAAUCCCCCAACCUCCCGCACGCUCGCACUUACAGGCCAUGAACACUCUCUUCCUGUCGGACGCGCUCAACAGCAAAGUCAAUGCUCUUCGGCACGAUGUCCUUCGAGCUCGACUCUGCGAGCUUGUCUUGACGGUCGAGUUUGCCUCGUCAUAUGGUGCAAACGCUCGGACGCUCACCGUUGCCCCAAUACCCGCCGUGCUGCACCUAAACCUAGUGACACCAAGCGUCCCAAGUGACUUUCCGGGCCCUGGGGUCUUACCGCCCCUGACACGAGCUCUCUACGUACGCCUAUUCCGCGACUUGCCACUUUUUGCCGGACAUGGCGCAAAGUACCUGGCUGGUCUGGAUGACUUUAUGGAACAUGAAUUUCUGGACUUUGUUGGAAAAUGGAUGAGGGCAACAAAGUUUGAUGUGCUGAGCUUUUCGUUGUAUUAUGUGACUCUAUUCAGCCAUCUCAAGAAUGAAGCUUGGUAUGGAGUUGACGACAACGCUGCCCCAUUGCCCACUUUCUCCACUCGGCCGAUCCUACGUCCUGCCACCCUAUACCCGGACCUUCUCUGCUAUUAUCGCGCUUCCCUUCCUGGUGGUGGGAGCUUCCGCCUGUCCAAACGCGAACGCAAGACUCCAGACACUGAUGAGACCCUCGAAUUGCGAGAGCUCAAAGCAAGAGGAUUCACUGAUGCGUGGCGGAGCGUAUUAAAAGCUGGUUGUGGCAUAUGUCGGGAACUCAUCGGCGAUGACAGCGAAGCUGAAGUGGAUCUUGCCGAGAGAUUUUGGGAUGUGGUUAAAAGCUCUCCCGAGAUUAUGGAUCUGCCACCGACUUUUCAAGACUUUUUCUAUUCAAUUAUUACUGCCGUAGCGCAUGCGAUUGACAAUAUCUUGGACGACGCAGAAUGGAGACACAAGUUUGCUAGUAUCUGGAAGCGGCUGCCGGUUUCGAUCAUGCUUACGUCGCUGCGGCUAGUCAAUCCUGUUCCAUUCGUGGAUCGUGUGAUAAAGCUAUUCUGCUGGAAGCCUCCAGGGAUGUAUUCGUUGCUGCAAAAGAUUGGGGCAAUGAUCUGUGCUCUCGAUCGGACGCAAGCUGCUCUUCGAAUCAUUGCCAAGAAUGUGCAGCAAUCACGAAGAUGUGCCAUAGAACGCACUAUUGACGCAGCAUUCGAGCAGUGGCGGCAGAGCUGUGUGUACGACAUCUCCUCUCAGGAUCCCGCAGAAAAAAUUCGUGACUUUUUACGCAACAGCGACGAGAAAACAUUCCAGACUACGAUCAGCAAAUCCGAAGUCGCAUUUGCGAAAUGCUACAUCCGAAAAAAGGAAAAGGAGGAUUUUGUCGAGGUACUGGGAAGCAAAGAUGUGGUGGAUUUUGUUAAACAUUUUUGCGAAAUGGUGCCCCCAUUGUUGGAUGAAGUUUGGAAGUGUAUAGACAUUGCCACUCUCAUGUCUAAGCUCGUCGAUACUGUUUCGCAAAUUCUCGAAGGGAUGACGGCUUACGACUCACCCACUGAAUCUCUCGCGAAAACCCACAGUCAAGUCAUUGGAGCCUUGUACAGCGCCUUGCUUCCCUUUUUCAAAGCCGCAUAUCCGCUACUUCCCGCGGUAGCAAAGCGACCACCCGCAGGGCCAGCUGGUAUUCACGCACUGGUCGAGCACCUUCUCUAUGACGUGAUGCGUCCGCGGAAUACCCGCGGGUCUAUCUUGGAACUGGGAAAGGACGCGCGGGUCGUGGUGGACUCGCUCACGCCUACUGAAAAGGCGCGUCUAUGGAAGGAAGUGGAUGGAAUUAUCGCUAAUAUGGAAGCUGGUAUAGAUGCAAGAGAGUGGGAGCCGUGUGAGGUACUGGAAGGGAAGGGAUUACAGGUCUUUUGGGACGAAAUCGUGAGGGAAUUCACAGGAAGUGUGAAAGAGGAGGCUGUUGUAGAACAGGGGGUACUAGGUGUGGAUUAGGGUUACCAGGUUGAACAUGUGUAUUUAUCCUUAUUAUUUACUGUAGCGGCCGGCAUGUAUAGCAUGCAUAGCUUUUGUAGAAAAUAUUAUUUAUACCCAACAAUAUGAUAGUUUGAGUGCGA